UCUGAGAAGAUCAGAAGUGUUCUGACUGCUCUGAGAAUUCUCAUUCGAUUUACUAAGCGAUUUAUUCAGAUCUAUCUGAUUAGAUAAGCGAAUAAUAAUAAUAAUAAUAUAUUCAUUUCCUUGUCACAUUUCUAUAUAUCUUUUCGUGACAAAUUUUGGAAAAAUGAGCCUUUGGAAAACGAUUGCCGUUUUCUGCCUUCUUCUGGCUCUGGGUGUAGAAUAUUCUCACGCCGGGCCAGUGUACGCCCGUCUGGAUGCUACAGUUGGCUCUAAAGUAGUGAUCCCGUGUAAGGUCCGCGCCGAUCUUCUAUCUGGUGCAAGCAGUGUUAAGUUGGAGUGGGGAAUGACUCCGGAAGGAGGAGGUCUCUACACCCUUCUAAUGUACGAAGAUGUGAAAAACCUGCAGAAGGAUCAUGUGGAUUGUUCUAUUAUCAUCGACUCGAUCCGGUAUAGAGACAGCGGAACCUACGAGGGCAGAUUCAUCAUGGACAGCGUCCCGUAUCAGCCAUUCAAGGUGGUCAUCAUUCAUGUGACUGAUCCCACGUCCACGGAGACCGCUGAUACCGAGACAUUCAAGAAGCACCAAACAAACCUGAAAACACAAUGGAAGACUCCUUCAGUCGCUUCCACUGAGACCGCUGAUACCAAAACGGUCAGGAAGCAACAAAGAAACCUGGAAACACAAAGGGAGACCCCUUUAUACGCUUCCUCUGAGACCGCUGAUACCGAGACGGUCAGGGAGGACCAAAGCCACCAAGAACCACAAUGGGAGACCCCUCCAGUCACUUCCCCUGAGACCGCUGAUACCGAGACGGUCAGGGAGGACCAAAGCCACCAAGAACCACAAUGGGAGACCCCUCCAGUCACUUCCCCUGAGACCGCUGAUACCGAGACGGUCAGGGAGGACCAAAGCCACCAAGAACCACAAUGGGAGACCCCUCCAGUCACUUCCCCUGAGACCGCUGAUACCGAGACGGUCAGGGAGGACCAAAGCCACCAAGAACCACAAUGGGAGACCCCUCCAGUCACUUCCCCUGAGACCGCUGAUACCGAGACGGUCAGGGAGGACCAAAGCCACCAAGAACCACAAUGGGAGACCCCUCCAGUCACUUCCCCUGAGACCGCUGAUACCGAGACGGUCAGGGAGGACCAAAGCCACCAAGAACCACAAUGGGAGACCCCUCCAGUCACUUCCCCUGAGACCGCUGAUACCGAGACGGUCAGGGAGGACCAAAGCCACCAAGAACCACAAUGGGAGACCCCUCCAGUCACUUCCCCUGAGACCGCUGAUACCGAGACGGUCAGCGAGGACCAAAGCAAUGUGGAGAUACAGAGAGAGACCCCUUCAGUCACUUCCACUGAGGAGGUCCCCAUGAUGUCUCCAACAAUGACAACAACAACAACAGAGACCAGUACUUAUAAUACAGGAUUAGUAUUAAUCGAUUUAUGUGUGGAACUUAUCACCAAGACCUUCUAUCAACUGAAGAGAAAUGGCUACCUUCCAUUAGCAUGCAUCUUAGCUGGAGUCGGUCUUCUAGUAGUCAUCGUCAUCAUUUCGAUAGUUAUGUAAGUUAUUGCAAAUUCUUCAUAGGUUUUCUCCAUUACACUUCAUGCUAUCACCCACUGUAUGAGCCCUCCCCCUCCCAAUAUUUACCACUUUUCCUAUAGGCGAGCAGUUGAUCAGACCGAAGCGGUGUGUUUUCUGUACUUAUUUUCCGGGGUUUAGCAGCACAAGCCCCUCACUGGUCAUAAUGCACCUCUUAUGCCAGAUACACAUGAUCGGAUUUUCCGCCAGCAAAAGUCCGAUGUGAGCUU